AAUAUGAUCUGGACAAAGCAACAACCUCAACUUUGCUACAUAAGUUCCGGUUUCUGCCUUAUUCGCAAGAGCAUCUUUCACUCAGGUUUCACUCUCAGCACAGAACUCCUCGCACAGAACUCCUCAAAAUAUCUGACUUUGCAUACUGUCGUCCCAAAUUUCUCUACGGUAUUUAAUCACUCGAUUAUCACACAACGUAUUAGAUUUUAAGAACGGCACCAGAAAAGUACAGAUCAAAGCUAUUUAAAUACAACAUAGCUUCCUGCGACUCCAUUACUUCUCUUUCUUCCACAAACAUAUUCGAAGCCGAAAUUUUCUUUCUCUUUUCAGACACCACCACCAUCAUUGACUUUCAAUCGAAUUCGAGAGGAAUUGAGAACGAAGAAUCAUUACCUCACUCACCAAUUCUCACAACAGUAGUGAAAAAAAAUAUUCAUCAAGAUGGAUAUCUGGCCACCAAUUAUAGAUCAGCACACGCUGACCUUCACAAUACCAGACCUCACAGAGUCGCAAAGGAACCUUCCGCCAAUACCAUGCAGCAUUUGCUCCACAGGAAAACGUCAAGGAUACAUCUGUACAUGCACCAUACACGCAUAUUACUGCUCGACAGAUUGUAGAGGCACGCACCAAAUAACAUGCAUAAGCACCAUUAACAAAAGAAUGCCGCGACCAUUACCAACCUUCAAACUCGCAUUUUACUUUCCGCCCGAACGAACUAGUUUUGCCAUAUGUUGGAUUCCGUGUCCGACUGUUGUCCCCGCAUCGUGUGUACCCUCGUGCAAUGAAUGUAUCGUCUGCCAAGCAUGUCACGAUUGCCAUGCGUACGAUGUUCCGCUUCCAACUUCCAUACUAGCUCUCGGAGCCAAUAGCACUACUGCUACGAUGCAGAAUAACGUUGAGAAAUGGGCAUUAGUGCCGGGAAUUAGCGAUCCGGAAGACUGGACUCUGAGCGUGAUACACGGAGUGAAAGAAGGCGAAAUACUAGGUACGUGUAGUAAGAGUUUGAGUAUAGAGAUAUUUACGGGAUGCUCGCGAGAUUGGAGGGGACCGUUUAUUAUGAUGGGGGCUUUGUGGUCGGAUUGUGAGGGGAAGGUACAGAGUAGGGAUGUAACGGGGGCGGAUUUGCAGACGGCGAGGAAGUUUUUUGUUUCGACUACGCGGAGUGAAUUGGGGCUUGUGGGUGUGGCUGAUGAUGAGAGACGCGAACAGGGUGUUUUGGAGAUGAAUGAUUUGUUGGGUGGUGUUUUGAAGGGGAGGUAAGUUUGGAUAGGUUCAAGCGGGAGUUUUUACGGUUGACAGCAUUCGGAAAGGAUGAUAGGUUUCGAUGAGUCCAGCUAACGAGGGCAUAGGAACUUGCAAUAAUCUGAUGAAUUUCACACAUAUUUUCAACU